CUGUAGCCAUGACAAAUAAAGACUUUAAUGCUGCAUAUUCAAGUUAAAAAAAUAGAAAAAGUGUUAUUGGGAGAGGAAAGUAUAAUAAUAAUUAUUGGGAAGUGUCUUUGUAAUACUGAAGUACCAUAUGUAUGGACUGUAUGACAUGAUAUUACACAGCUUGCCGUGCUCUUGAAGUUCUAGUCAACAUUCCACAUCCUCAAGUCCAUAAAGUAGACAUCAAAAGCCACAGUCCAUGCUGGACAUACACUGGAUGCGUAGAACUUAAGGGGUGUAACUAUAGAUGUCGGCCUAAUAUACAACCUGUCCUCUGUCCAGGGUCCUUGCGAUACGGCGCGCAUGGCAGCUCGGGAUGUUUCAGCAUCUCCCCCAACAUCAGCUUCUCCCCACCGACACCUCACCUCGACAGGUCUUACCUUCCACGUCACCAGGGACUCACCUUCAUCCAGACCGCCAGCGCCGAGUGUAAAGCGCAUCCUGCUGGUGACCUAUGGCCGCAGUGGCUCCACCUUCACCUCCUAUGUGCUGAAGGAAGCCCAAGAGGCUUUCUUAUUCUUCGAACCCCUGAGGCCGCUUGUCAUGCGCAAGACACAAGGGCAUGGACAUCAUCAUGUCGUAUCAGGCUGUCGGCGCCCAGUUCUACGAGCCCCAAGAACUCAACUCCUCCAUGCUCAGCGAGUACGAGCGAAGCGCCGUGGGCGUGCUGGACAGCAUCCUGGACUGCAACAUGACCAGCUUGACCAUCGACGACUACCUCAGUCCAGUCAUACGACAUCACGAGCACACCAAGGACGUCAGUCGCUGUCUGAGAAGCAUCCUCAACGACAGCUACCUCAACCUGCCGCACUACCUGCAGUGUCUCAUCGACUUCUGGAACCUGUGUAGGAGCAGAACUCUGCGACUCAUCAAGACGAUCCGGAUGCCGCUGCGGGCGCUGUUCGAGCUGAUGCGGAAGUACCCGGAUCUGUACCUGGUCUACCUGGUGCGCGACCCCCGCGCCACCCUCAUGUCGCAGCGCCAGAACUUCGGCCACUCGCCCAUGCCGCAGAACUUCUGCAACCUCGUGCAGGAUGACGUGGCGCACAUGCGGCUGCUGCAGCAGCUCUUCCCCUCGCGCGCCAUCGCCCGUUGCGGUACGAGGGACAUCAUCGUGGACCCCUGGAGUGGAGCAAGCGCCUGUACGCCGCCCUGGCCUGACGAUGACCCGAGGUCGUCAGCCUCAUCCGGCUGUACACCAGGGCCAGCGGCGACGCAGCGCCUACCAGGUGUACCGCAAGGACCCCAAGAACACCGCCAACCGCUGGCGCUCCACCAUCGCCUACAGUGCGGUACGACUCAUGACUACUUCUGCGCCGAGGCGUACCGCGCGCUGGGCUACGUGCAGGUCCACAACGAGACUCUUCUUCGGAACACGAACGAGUCUCUGACCUGCUCUACGAACACCUUAGAGAUGUUGCAGCUACCGGUCGCGGCAUAG